AACUUCUUCUCGCACCUUCGGAUUCGGAUGCUCAGACCUCCGAAAACAGGUCUCGGUGGCGCAUUUUAGCAAACAGUUGCUGCGCAGAAGUUUUCACUGUCGAACGGCCGGGCUAUGGGAUUCUCGUACACUGUUCGAUCGAUGGAAUUGUCGUGCUCGUCUUCUUAGCCGAUGAGGAAUGUCUUUGCAGCCCUCCGCCAUCACCGUCAGGUCUCGCUGCUCCAGAGAAUUGUUGCAGCUUCACGGAAUGGAAAUGCUUGUAAAUCCAUCUUGUGGGACUAUAUGCUGUUGCAACGAAAGGGUUUCGAGCUCUCAGGAAAGAUUGAUUCUUGGUUUUCGCCGUUUUCCUUGCAACACAGAGGGUAUUCUACUGGAUUCACCAGCGUUCAUGGUGGAAGGCCUACGGCAGAUUAUGCGAAGUUGCGGAGAGAGUCUCUUGAAAGUGAAUUUGGUCAAGCUCUUGGAACAUAUAAAUCAAAAAGCUUUUCUGCAGUCUAUCGUUUUGGCCCGUUUCUGGCAUUAUAUAGAGCUGCAAUCAUUUCGUUCCAUGUGGUGAAGCUAACCUUUUGGCAGUUGUUUGUUCGGGACACGAGGAAACGAGCUGGCAAGUUCCGUGAAACCCUCAUCAGCCUGGGGCCGUUCUACAUUAAGCUUGGACAGGCUCUGAGCACGAGACCUGAUAUAUUGCCCUCUGUUUAUUGCCAGGAGCUUGCAAAGUUACAGGAUCAAAUUCCUCCAUUUCCAACUCAUGUUGCUAUGCGAUCCAUUGAAGAACAGCUGGGUGCUCCUGUUUCAAAACUUUUUGCUGAUAUCAGUCCUAAGCCUAUUGCAGCUGCAUCUUUAGGCCAGGUAUACAAAGCUCAUCUGCAUUCUGGACAGUUGGUAGCGGUUAAGGUUCAGAGGCCUGGAAUGUCACUUUCACUAACACGUGAUGCCCUCUUAUUCCAUAUGAUCGGGGGACAAUUGAAGCGAUUUGCAAAGGCUCGGAAGGAUCUGUUGGUAGCAGUAAACGAGAUGGUCAGACAUAUGUUUGAUGAAAUAGAUUACAUCCUAGAGGCCAAAAACGCAGAAAGAUUUUCUACUCUUUACUGUUGUGACUCACGGAGUGACAAGACCCACCAUCUGACUGGAGCUAGGAAUACGUUUAGCACUGAGAAAACAGAUAACAUUAAAGUCCCUAAGAUUUAUUGGGAUUUCACACGCAGAGCUGUGCUAACAAUGGAGUGGAUCGAUGGCAUAAAACUUACGGAUGAAAUAAAUCUGAAAAGGGCCUAUCUUGACAGACGGGAAUUGAUCGACCAGGGUUUGUAUUGUUCACUAAGGCAACUUCUUGAGGUUGGAUUCUUUCAUGCUGAUCCACACCCUGGGAACCUUGUUGCUACUGACAAAGGGUCUCUUGUUUAUUUUGACUUCGGAAUGAUGGGAGAUAUUCCACGCCAUUAUCGUGUGGGACUUAUUCAAAUUCUGGUGCACUUUGUUAACCGUGACUCACUGAGUUUGGCGAACGAUUUCCUUUCUUUGGGAUUUAUACCCGAAGGGGUCGAUAUUCAAGCAGUUUCAAAUGCUUUGCGUGCUUCAUUUGGUUCUAGUAACAGACAAUCACAAGAUUUCCAGGGUGUGAUGGAGCAAUUAUAUGAUGUUAUGUACGAGUUCAACUUCUCUCUGCCCCCCGAUUAUGCGUUGGUCAUAAGAGCUCUCGGCUCGUUGGAAGGCACGGCAAAGGUUCUCGAUCCCGACUUUAAGGUGAUCGAGAGUGCUUACCCCUUCGUUGUCGGGAGGCUCUUGGCUGACCCUAGCCCUGAUAUGAGGAAAAUACUGAGGGAGCUCCUCAUCUGUAACGAUGGGUCGAUAAGGUGGAACCGGCUUGAACGCCUGGUAGCGGCAAUAUCUGAACAGGCGUCUAAGCCGUCUGAAGAGCCAGCAGCCGACAAAGCUAGAGCUCAUAAGAAAACCUCGGAUCUGAAAUCUUUCGACAUGGGUUCUGUUGUUUCCGCCACUGAAGAUCUGUUACUGUUCAUACUGUCUGAGAAAGGUCAAAGAGUUCGAGUCUUCCUUCUUCAGGACAUAAUCAGGGUGGCUGAUAUCUUCCUGGAAGACGAGGUGCUUGGUCGGAUCUUGAACCCGACGUUCGACCCCAUGAACAUGCAAGAACUUAAGGGUUUUGGGGAGGAAGCGGCAAUGGGAAGAGUGGUGAAUGGGUUCAGAUACUUGAGAGAGGCAGUGAAGCUUGCGCCUGGGAUGUGGACAGCCAUGCUUCUUCGUGUUUGUGUGAAGCCUCAGUUUCAUAGUUAUGUUUCCGACAUUGUUUCCGCUUUGUUCUCUCACUUCAGCCACAAGUUGCCCCAGACUUGUUGGAUCUCUCUCUCCAAAUUGCUUCGCGCCAAAUUCAAGCAAUGAAAAUAAUUUAAUGCUUUCGUCAACUUA